GGGGGCGGUACCGGGAGGCACCGGCGGGGGCGGGGGCGGCCCCGGACCUCCGGCGGGGCCGGCAGGGGGCGCGGUGCCGCCGCCGCGGCCGCUGGGGCUCCGGCUGCCGCGGCCGCUCGGUGGCGGCGGCGCAGGCGGCAGCAGCGGCAGCGGCGGCGGCGGCGGCGGCGCAGACAAAGGCGCGGGCGGCGGGGCCAUGGGCGGCCGGGCGGCGCCAUGAGGCGGCGGCGGCGGCGGCGGGGGGCAGCAUGGCCGCGGCGGGCGGCGGCGGCGGCGGCGCGGGGCGGCGGGGGCUGCUGAAGCGGAAGCCCAACUUCACGCUGCAGGAGAUCGACAUCCUCAUGAGCGAGGUGCUCAAGUACGAGCAGCUGCUCUUCGGCGCCGCCGCCAGCACCGUCAACGCCUACGAGAAGCAGAAGAUCUGGUGGCGCAUCACCAACAAGAUCAACGCGGCCGGCCGCAACCAGCGCGACAUCGGCGAGGUGAAGAACCGCUGGCGGGGGCUGCGCCGCCGCGCCGGCGACAAGAUCAGCCGGCACCGGCAGGAGCGGCAGGCGCCCGCCGCCGCCCCCCCCCGCGCCGCCGCCGCCGCCGCCGGCCCCCGCCCCGCGCCCGGCCCCGCCGCCGGCCCCGGCCCCGCCUGGGCCCUGCGCGCCGCCGCCGCCGCCGCCGCCGGCCUCGAGCCGCCGCCGCUGCUGGCCGCCGAGGUGGUGGCGCCGCACGGCGUCAAGGCGGAGGCGGUGAAGGAGGAGCCGGCGGAGGUGAAGCCCGAAGCCUUCCCCGCGCCCAGCCCGGAGCGGCGGGCGCCCCGCGGCCAUGCCCCCGCGCCCGGCGAGCCGCGCGACGCCUGGACCCGCAGCCCGCCGCCCCCCUCGCAGCCCGACCUCGCCGGCGCCGACGCCGGCCCCGACCACCUGGGCGGGCAGCGGGAGCCGCCGGGCUCGGAUUUUCCCGGCCUCCUCUUCGAGCGGGACGGCGAGGCGGGAGCGGCGGAGCAGGGACCCGACGGCAGCGGCCUGGGCCCGGCCGAGAAGCGCCUGGUGCAGUGCAACGAGCAGCUGGUGCGGGAGCUGCGGGCCCUGCGGCGCGAAUGCGCCGAGAGCCGCCGCGAGACGGCCGCCGUGCUACGCGCCAUCGCCGAGGCGCUCGGCGGCGUCAGCAGCAGCCUGGCGCAGAUCCGCGAGCUCUACCUCCGCGAGCGGGCGGCCCCCAAGCCCUGAGCCGCCCCGCAGCCGCCGGGGCCGGCGGGGGGGAGCAGCGGGAUUCGGGGACGGCUUUUUCCCGCGCCCCGGUUUCUUUUAGUCCUUCCCCCCCCCCCCCCCCCGCCGCCCCGACCUCGUAAUAAAACUCUGAACUGGCAA